AUGGAACCAAGCCAGUCGCCACAUGGGUUGCAAACAAUAAGCCAACCUUUAGCUCCAGAGGACAAUCAACCUUUAGGUCUUGGCGACAUACGUUGUUCAACACCCCAGAGCCAGUAUGAACAAGUAAGAACUGUUCGAACUUUUCUUGUAAUAAAUAGAGCCAAACAGGUUACAGCACUAGGCAACACCAAGUUGGCAUCUGGAUAUCAGCAAUUUGCUUUUGGGCUUCAACAAUCACAACAAUCCCAAUUCGGUGCACAGAAAAAUAAGAGUCGUGGUCCAAUUUCUAGUCUUGGAGCUGUUCGUGCAACGCACGGUGCCUACAAAUCGUCCAGAAAGCUGCCACGGGCAGUUGCACCAGCUGCUGAAGAAACAUCAUCUAGCCCUCCCGUAGUUGAUGUCGAGGAACCGACACAAUCGUCUGAUUCUCAGGAAAAUCUGAUAACAAUGGCUACAAUUUCUGAAAAUACUGUCUUUCCUCCGCCACAUCAGCCGUGCUCCAAACCGGAUGACAACCGGGAUUGCAAUUAUCAAAGAAUCGCAACUCUAUCAGGGCAUAAAAAAUCCAUAUCAGUAGUGAAAUUUUCUCCAUGUGGCGGCUAUCUUGCCACGGCUUCAGCUGACAGAAGCAUCAAACUGUGGAGCAUGAAGGACUUGACAUGCGAACGAACAAUUCUUGGCCAUCAACUAGGCAUCAACGAUAUAUCAUGGAACUCGAGCAGUCAGUACAUUGCUUCAGGUUCUGAUGACAUGACUGUGAGAAUAUUUAGUGUGUCAUCAGGACAUUGCUGGAGAAUUAUGAAAGGCCACACCCAUUACGUUUUCUCGUGUGCUUUCAAUCCUCAAACAUCACUAGUGGUUUCCGGAGGAUACGACGAAACAGUUCGUUUAUGGAAUGUGAUCACCGGAAUGUGUGUACGAUUGAUUCCGGCCCAUACUGAUCCUGUAACAUGCGUUGCUUUCAACCACGAUGGAAGCUGCGUUGCGAGCUCUUCAUACGAAGGAUGUAUUCGUGUGUGGGAUGUUUCUAACGGACACUGCUUAAAAACGUUGAAAGAUCUCGAACACGAUGCUGUCUCAUUCGUUGAGUUUACUCCAAAUGGGAAGUUUAUUCUAUCUUCUCACAUGAACAGCAAGAUUAAAAUGUGGGACGUUUCCAAGGAGAAACCAGUGAAGUACUACUCCGGCCAUCAAAAUUCCAAGUAUUGCAUUUUCGCAGGUAUAUCUCUAUCCCAUGGAAGACGGGUGAUCAGCGGUUCAGAGGACGGAAAAAUAUUUGUCUGGGACCUUCAGACGAAGAGAGUGAUACAAGUAAUGGAAGAGCACACAAAGCCUGUUCUCGCCACAGACGCUCAUCCCAUUUUGAAUAUGAUGGCUUCUGGAGGUAUAGAGCCAGACAACACUGUUAGAAUUUGGUAUUCUGAUAAAUAA